UCAGACCCUUUUCAUCUUCGGGAUGACUCUCAGUGCUCCAAGUACAGUCUGCAUCUCCUGUUGUGUUGAAAUCAGCAAAUCAUACACCUGGUGUAAUAAGAAGUCACCACCAGAGAACCUGCUGGUGUAACCUCUAGACCGCCCGGACACCCCUGAGCUCCUCUCGGUGCGAUGGAUGAAGAUGUGCUUCUGCAGGAGGAGGAUUUGGAGGGCUCAUGGACGUUGCUGUCCUGGAUGGCGUCCUUCGUCAUGGUGUUUGGAGGAGCGCUGCCCUAUGUGCCACAGUACCAGGAUAUCCAGAGGAGCAGCAACAGCGAGGGCUUCUCCACCAGAGUGUGCCUGGUGCUGCUCAUAGCCAACAUCCUGCGCAUCUUCUUCUGGAUAGGGAAGCAGUUUGAGCUCACCCUGCUGCUCCAGAGCGUGGUGAUGAUCCUCGCCAUGUUCGCCAUGCUCCACCUCUGCUGCGUGGUCCAGAACACCAACCGAGUGAGCACCAAGCAGCACCGACUUUCAGACUUGGACUUUCGCUACUUCUGGAAGUGGAGCGCGUUCGAGGACUACCUGCUCUUCUGCUUCGGCUUUACCGUGGUGUGCGCAGUCGUCACCAUGCUGCUGCUGGACUCUGCCGUUUUCGUGGAGACGCUGGGCUCCCUGGCCGUGAUGUUCGAGGCCAUGUUGGGCGUCCCGCAGCUUCUGCAAAACUUCCACAACCGCUCCACCAAAGGCAUGAGUGUGAAGAUGGUGCUGCUGUGGACGGCCGGCGACGUCUUCAAGACCACCUACUUUGUGAUGAACGAAAGCCCGACUCAGUUCUGGGUUUGCGGUUCAGUCCAGAUCAUGAUCGAUGUGGCCAUCCUGCUGCAGGUCCUUUUAUACAACCAAGACAUGCGGGUCAAGCUAGGUUGAACACAACUGUUGCCUUGGGCAAUGAGUCUGAUCGUUUAAGGCUUUUUAAUAAAAUCAGCUGCUAUGUUGAUGGAAUUAUCAUGGGAGACACUUAGCAUCAAGAACACAGAGAAAACCAAAGUUUUUUUUAAAUCUUUUUUUACUGUUCAGCCUUGAUUCAAACUAUUCUGUCAUUUGGGUAUCAUGCAGACCCAAACAAUUUCACGUGCAAUUAAGCAAACCGCUUCAGCCUUGAUCAAACUACUUAGCAUUUUCAGUUAAGCACUAAUAACCACACCUUUGCAUUUUUUUAUUAAGAUAAGGCAGUAUUUUGGUGCAUUUUUAGCAUGUUUAUUUAUUUGUUUCUCUGUUACAUUACCUGGAACCUGAAUUGUUGUGGACAUGGAAACUGCAAGAGGGAAACAUUACUCACAUUGGCAGCUCAUAACAGCACAUCUGUGCUGCUGUACUGGCAGCUGUAGCAACCAGCCCUGCACUGGAAUUUACUGCCUGACUGAUGAGUCUCCCACUUCACACUCCACACCUCACUGCACUGUUCUCAUGUUGCAUAGUGUGUGUGUGUUUGUGUGUCGCAUGCUUGCUGGUGUGUCUUGUGCAGCCAAAAUUGAUUUUUGCUGUUGGCAUCCACGCCAAGCCAAGGCCACAGAACUUACAUCAAGUAAUGGUAACUGCAUAGGACAUCAAUCUGUGUGUUAUGACUUUAUGGUUUAAUGACAAGCACCGCAGGUCUUCCACAAAGUAUGUGAAAAAUAUUGAAAAAAUGUGGCCAUGCUGCAAUGCUUUGCACUGUACCUCAGUCACAACAUCUUUUGUAGACACCAAAGAACACAUCAGAUUUUAGAUCAAAAUACAUGUACAACGUGAUGUAACAGUAUAACUGAACAUUUGCGGCAUUAUCAUUUCUAUCACAUAUGUCUUCGUCCCAUUAGCUGCUGAUUCUGUGAUAUCUUUUUGUUCUUUCAAAAGGCACUCUUGUUCUAUGAGAGUGAAACAGUGAAAGAAUGACUCAUAAGCACCGUGGAUAAGUAGCGGUUAAAUCAACAUGAUCAGCAGGAAUGUUACAGUACAUCUUACCUUUAUAUUUUAUUGAACACAUUUAGUGUUAACACCCGACUCCUGACUCCUAAGCAAGAAAUCAUUUAUUUAAAAGGAAAUGUAACCAAGUGAGAAUUGGUUUCGUGCCAAAAAAAACUUACCUUUAGGGACUGUAUGAAAGUUAUUGGUGUGGGGAGGAGAGAGGGGGGGGAAUCUUGUUUCACUUUUUGAAAAAGCAAGACCCUCCCUAUCAUUAUUAAUACUUUCUUUGAACCAAACCUUUUGAAUAAAACAACUGCAUCCUCCCCCCAUUAUCUCAAUGUAAUAUUGAACAACAUUGAGCUGGUACAACUUGUUUAAAGGUGCUCUAUACGACAUCCAGAGCAUUAAAUAUCGCAGCAAACAACUAUUUGCUAUAUAAUUAUUAACUAUAUCAAGGGAGGGCUAAAAUAUAUAUAAAUCCAGGGUGAAAAAAAUAAAUAAAAGACCCCCCCACCCAGGAAGUCAAACUAUCCUCCCUUUAGUUAAAAGCAAACAUGCCCACCCCCUUUUCUAACCCUACCUUACCCCCAAAUCUCUUUGUACAGUCCCUUUGAUUAGAAUAUUUAGUUUCCCUUUCAUGGCGAGUUUAGUAAUUACUAAGGGGUGAUGUUUGAAGUGUCUUCAUUCACCCAGAAAUGCCCCAUUAAACAGAGGACAGUUUAUGUAAUGCAUGCCAUUACAGAAACACUGAAACCUCCGUCCAUUCCAGCCAUCCAAAAUGCACACAUUUUUUAUUCAGAAGUUCUUUUUAUAAUCGAAACACUAAUUUAAAAGUAUAUCCUCUCAAGGCGAGCUGUGGUUCUUUCAACUAUUUCUCAAUAGGUUCCUACUGAAACUAUCAAUGCAGGAUGAAACAAAUCAGUACCAGCAGCUGAUCAGUAGUCAGUGCAGGUUUCUCCCCUCGGCAUGAUUUAAUUAAAUAGUAAAACUACUAUACCUGCUUAUUAAGUCUUUUGGUCACCUUUUUUUUUACUUAGCAGCCAAUCUAUACCUGUCUGUUUUUAGUUUCUCCUCAGUAAACAUCCUGUUUAAAUUACACACUGCAGUGGUUAUGUUUGCAUCAUGCAGAAAACCUCCUCCAGUAGCUGCCAGUAUGCCUCAGCAACAUUUGUAAAGGUUGCAGAAUUGCAUCUCGGUGUAUUUCAGUAUUAUCCUCAGGGUCAGUAUGUAGAAAAUAUAUACAUGAAAGAGAAUUUUAAUACAAUUACGAGUUAGUUUUUCAUAAUCUGACAAUGCAUAAGAUCCUUCUAAACACAACAGUGACUGAGUAUCAUGUCUCGUGUUACCUCUGCUUUGAUAUGACAUCAAUCAUUGUAUUCCCGCAAUAGUUUGGCAUUUUGGGAAUUGCGCUUUUUUGGUUUUCUUGCAGAAUGUUGGAUCAGAACAUUGACACCACUCACAUCUGUACAAUGUACACUGGUUUCCAAUCAUUAUGCUAAGCUAAUUGACUGCUGGCUGUUGCUACAUAUUUUACCGUACAGAACUGAGAGUAGUAUUGAUCUUCUUAUCUAACUUUCAGCAAGAAACUAUUGCUUUAAUGUUAAUAAUUUCAUCUAAAGUUUUAUUAUCAAUCAUUAUAAAGCAUUAUAAGGUCACAAGCCAUAGUUGAAUCUAACAAAAUCUAAAAGGAGAAGCACUCCCUUCUGUGUUUGUAUAUGUGUAUCAAUUUAUCUUUAUGUGUACAUAUGAAAACAACAAACCUUACUCAUAGGGGAUGUUGGAAUAUCUUGGGAUUAUGCCUUUGUCUAUGCGUCUAUAAGUGCUUUUCCACUCGUGCUGUAAUACGUAGAUGUCAGAUAUUUUUGGGAUAGGUCAAAAUGACAUUUAUAGAAGCGUCCAAGUUGCUGAUCAACUUUUCUGAUGUCCAGCUAAUCCCGCAAGCUUUCAGCUGCAUUGUUCUGUGACCUUCCAUUGUGUAAUUUACUCCAUGUGGGUAUACAUGCAUUCUUCAAUUCCAGAUAUCUUGCAUUAUAUCCGUAAGCUGCCAUAUUGGAAGCUGUAUGUGUCUUAUCUCCAACACCCAGCGUACCACGGCUGUAUUGAAAUUGCAUUAUUUCUGUAUUCUAUAUGCUCUUAUCACAAGAUAUGUAUCUAUCUUUAUAUUGUCUGUCUCAGUAGAGGCGCUCAGAAAGGCUCCCUCACAGGAUUUAGUUUAACAUUUGGGCUUCCUUAGCCUUCUCUUCUCAAGGGCAAUAGGACAGAUGAGCACACACACUGCCUGGUUGGGAUAAUGCCUCCACCAGAUUCACAUUAUGGUAAAUGUGCAUGUUGCCUUACCACUGCAACACAGAUAAGAAAUAGGUGGUUUGUCAUUUCUGAGGAGGUUACUUCUACCAGAUGCAAGAUAUAUAUAUAUAUAUAUAUUUAACAAUUUAUUAUCAGUCACUACAAAAAAACAGAGCCCAUAAAAGAAUUCGUGUGAAUUUUAGUUACUGUUUUAAUGUGAUGUAUGUGUUUACAGGAUCGAUGAAACCAAAAGCACAACCAAAAAGUAAUUGUUGUACCAGACCAAUUAAAGGUGCUCUAUACAAUAUUCAGAGCAUUAAUAUAGCAUCAAACAACUAUUGUCAAUGUAAAGAUAUAUAAGAGUAAUGUCUACCUGAGCAGAGAAGGAAGUCACUCUCCCUCUGUGUGUGUUGUAAUCAGAGCGUCUCUGUACUUUGUUUACAGAACCGGGCCGGCCGUGCGUGCCUUUUAGUGCAUGUUAGUGUAUAUGCGUGUGCCCCACUGGCUAGCCCGCGGUCUCUGCGCUGCAAUGCUCUCAUACGGCGGUUAUAGCUGAUAACACCGUCCCAACUGACGCCGUCGUUGCGGAAGCAUAGCGUCCACCCUCUGAUUCCCCCCAGGUAAACACCGUUAGCCCUUUUAGCACCGUGAGCUACUAGCCGCCGGCUCAGCCGUCGCCAUGUUGAGAGCCAUGCGGAGGCAAUAGAUAUGCUCAAAUUUCGUAUCGAGCACCUUUAAAUGGUGGAUGGUUGCCAUAAAAUGUAAAGGUCUGUGUAAGUAUACUGUACACUAGUGAUAUCACAUCUGGAAAUUGUAUGUAUGUGAAAUAUUUAUCAUGAUAUUUUCUCAAAUAUAAACUAUUUAUACAUCA